CUAAUCGAUAUAUUUACACAUCCACCCCCUCCAGAGCCGCCGCAGCUCGCAGCCAGCACGCCGCACGGUCGCACCAGGUUCUCUGUUGCUUCUUCAUCCCCAAUUCUUUUCCUUUCUUCUUCUUCUUCCUCACUUCACCAACCCUGCUCCUUAGUUCUACUGUUCCACUGCGCCUGCGCCCUGGUGCAGCUGUAUGAGCGAGGAACCCUAACAAUUACACUCUACAGUUUCUGAUCGAUUGCUGUCUACUUGAGAGUCUUCGUCGCCUGUUCUUCAUUCCGGCCUGCGUCUUUGUGUUGUAAUCGCCGCGGUAUUUGCUCGAAAUCGUUAAUUUGAUCUUUCAAUGGCGGAGGAGAAGGAGGAUAGAUCGUUCAAGGACUUGGGGGUGAACGAGCAGCUCGCAGAGGCGUGCGACGUUCUCGGCUGGAAAACUCCUACUAAAAUUCAGGUUGAAUCGAUACCUGUUGCUCUGGAGGGACGGGACAUAAUCGGGCUCGCCCAAACCGGUUCGGGCAAAACUGGAGCCUUCGCCAUUCCAAUUCUUCAAUCACUGUUGGAAACACCCCAGGCGUUUUUCGCGUGCGUGCUAUCCCCAACGCGGGAACUCGCCAUUCAAAUUGCGGAGCAGUUCGAAGCCUUGGGCUCUGGAAUUGGCGUCAAGUGUGCUGUGCUUGUCGGAGGUGUGGACAUGGUGCAGCAGAGCAUUGCCCUAGGAAAGCGGCCGCAUGUUGUUGUUGCUACGCCUGGUCGGCUAGUUGAUCAUCUAUCGAAUACUAAAGGCUUCUCUUUACGUACAUUGAAAUACUUGGUUCUUGAUGAAGCUGAUAGAUUGCUGAAUGAUGAUUUUGAAAAAGCAAUUGAUGAAAUCCUGAAUGUUAUUCCUCGUGAUAGAAGAACAUAUUUAUAUUCUGCAACUAUGACUAAAAAGGUGAAAAAGCUUCAAAGAGCUUGUCUCAAAAACCCUGUUAAGAUUGAAGCUGCUUCCAAGUAUUCUACCGUUGAUACGCUGAAGCAACAAUACUGCUUUGUUCCUGCAAAGUACAAGGAUUGUUAUCUUGUAUAUAUAUUGACCGAAAUGUCGGGAAGUACAUCUAUGGUUUUCACUCGUACAUGUGAUGCAACAGCUCUUUUGGCUCAUAUGCUUCGGAAUCUUGGAUUUAGAGCGAUCCCAAUUAAUGGCCAUAUGACUCAGACGAAAAGGCUUGGAGCUUUGAACAAGUUCAAAGCUGGUGAAUGUAACAUUCUUAUCUGCACUGAUGUUGCCAGCAGAGGACUCGACAUUCCCAUGGUAGACAUGGUUAUCAACUACGACAUUCCAAUGAACUCGAAGGACUACGUACAUCGGGUUGGAAGAACUGCUCGAGCAGGGCGGUCUGGGGUCGCAAUAUCAAUUGUGAAUCAGUACGAGUUGGAGUGGUAUUUACAAAUAGAGAAGCUUAUAGGUAAGAAAUUGCCCGAAUACCAAACCCGGGAGGAAGAAGUGUUGUUGCUAUUGGAAAGAGUGGCGGAAGCGAAAAGAAUAGCGCAAAUGAAAGUGAAAGAAAGUUCCGGUAAGAAGAGAAGAAGGGGAGGGGAAGACGACGGCGGCGAUGGCGAAGAAGACAUGAGUAAGUAUCUUGGAAUGGAGAAAAGAAAAUCAUCCAAGAAACAUAGAAGAAGAUGAACACUUGAUUUGUAUAGUCUAUUGCAUUGUAAUGCAUCAUUUUUUGUAUUUUAAUUUUUUUAUAUGUACUUUAGGUAACACUUUUCUUAAUUUUAUUUGUAGUUUUUGUAGCA